CCUGUUUUGUUCCCCUGAACAUCAUCACACACUUGCACACCCUUUCUCCGUCUCCUUCUUCUCCCUCUCUCACAUUUACACACCUCCCACCUCAAUGCUCGGCAGGGCCUGAUCGACUCGCUGAGAGGAAGCUUGAAAGGAAGAGAGCAACAUGGGCAACACACCUUCUCAAGAUUCCAGCCGGUCUGGGUCACACAUGAUCUCUGCAGACGAUGCUGAAUACCCCCGAGAGUACCGUACUCUUGGUAAUGGGACCAGGCGUUUUUCCAAUGUGGGCUUGGUGCAUACUUCAGAGCGUCGGCACACUGUUAUUGCUGCCCAAAGCCUGGAGGCACUAACCAAUCUCCAGAAGUCUGACAUGGAUAGGAAGAGGGAUGCUUUCAUGGAUCAUCUCAAGAACAAAUACCCUCAACAUGCUCUAGCCAUCCGAGGCCAGCAAGAGAGGAUUCGGGAUCAGUUGCUUCAAGGUUCUUCACCUAUCCUGCUUGCAGGGAGUCCUGAGGCUUUGAUGUACAGAGAGACACAGGAGAAUGCAGUGCCUGUGUGCCUAGAUAAUCCAUCAUCGCAGCCCAACUACUGGAGCUUUAAGACUAGGAGCUCACGUCACUCGCAGAGCUCCCAACCUGGCCUUGCAGAUCAAGCAGCUAAAUUGUCUUUUGCUUCAGCUGAAUCCCUGGAAACCAUGUCAGAAGCUGAACUACCACUGGGGUUCAACAGGAUGAACCGUUUUCGGCAAAGUCUGCCACUGUCUCGGUCCACUAGCCAAACUAAACUGCGUUCACCAGGUGUCUUGUUCCUGCAGUAUGGCGAUGAGACAAGACGUGUGCACAUCACACAUGAGAUCACCAGCAUGGACACUUUACAUGCUCUUAUUGUGCAUAUGUUUCAACAAAAACUGACUAUGGGAAUGCUGAAAUCUCACAACACCGCCAUACUUAUCAAAGACGAGUCCCGCAAUGUCUUCUAUGAACUGGAGGAUGUCAGAGAUAUCCAGGACAGAAGCAUUAUAAAGAUUUACCGGAAGGAGCCUAUUUACUCUUCAUUUCCUGCUCCUCACAUCACCAACGGGGACGUGAGACGCGAGAUGAUGUACAGCUCCAGGGACUCAUCCCCAACUCGACGUUUGAACAACAUAUCUCCUGCUCCCCACUUGGCUUCUAGUUCUCCUCCACCUGUUCUCCAGUCCUCCUCUCCAGCACGUUCCCGCAUGUCUUACAGUGGCGGGCGGCCACCUUCAUAUGCUGGAAGCCCUGUUCACCAUGGAGACCGAAUGUCUGGCCUUCCUCCAGCUCACGGAGUCUCCCCUAGUCCUAGUGCUAUCCUGGAGAGAAGGGAUGUAAAACCUGAUGAAGAUCUUUCCAACAAGAACGUAGUGCUGGUAAAGAAUGAGGGACUCUAUUCGGAUCCCUAUGGAAUGGUCCAUGAGGGUAGGCUCAGCAUUACUUCUACACAGUCCCUGGCUGGUUUAGGGGACCCUUUUUCAUACCCCGGUGGCCUGUACAAGAGAGGCUCAGUCCGCUCUCUGAGCACUUACUCUGCAGCUGCUCUGCAAACUGAUCUAGAAGAUGGGAUGUAUAAACCCAACUCUCAGAUAUAUGGAGACACAUAUGGCCCUGGAAUGGGUUUCCGUAUUCCACCGUCCUCCCCUCAGAAAGUUUCAGAUGGAAGAAUGGUGGAUAUUCAGCAAAGUCAGGGCCCUCACAGCCCCUACUCAGGGCCAUCCAGCCGCAACUCUCCUGUACGCCAGACUUUUCGCAAAGAUUCCUCUUCUUCUGUUUUUAUGGACAGCCCUGUUGGAAAACAGAGAAACCCAAGCUCUUCCUCAGGCACCAAUGACAUUUUCUCUGGGCCAGAACGGCCCUUGUCUGGGUUCAGCUCUCCAGUGCCUGCUAAGGAAACAGAAACACGGGAGAGGAUGGAGGCUAUGGAGAAACAGAUUGCCAGUUUGACAGGUCUGGUCCAAAGUGCUUUGAUGCGGAGCUCUGACAGUGAAAACACAAGGUAUGGGAAAAUAGGGCGAAGCCGCCAUAGUAUCUGCACGUGCAGUGGAGAAGAGGAUGGACCCUCCAUCACUGUACUUCCGACCGGUGGUAACAGUCGAAAUGACAGGAGGAGGGGCAAACAGGAGAGGCCGGUUGUAGACAGUCAAACGGCUCCACCUGUCAGUACCGCCUUUGCCAGCCGAUGGACACCAGCAAUGGAACAACAUCAUAACUGGAGGCGGGGCAAGCAGGAAAGGCCAGCUGAGUGCACCGUCACCUGUACCCCGUGUGAGAAUUUUCCUAGUUUGGAUAAAGACGGGGACCUGGAUGUGUUUCUGCGCAGCUUUGAAAAGACUUGCAGGCAGUACGAGUUGCCAAAAGAUCAGUGGGCCAAAUAUCUCACCCCUGGACUGAAAGGGCCAGCGUUACAGGCUGUUUCAGAACUGCCAGUGGACCAUGAUCAGGACUAUGAGACCAUCAAAGCUGCAUUGCAGCGAAGGUACUAUCUCACGCCUUCGGAGUGUAGCGCCAAUGUGAACAUGCAACCUGUCACUGUGGAAAAUAAGAGGGAAAAACUAUUCGAGGCACUGAGGCCGUACAGCACAGUCUUCACUGGUAAGCCCGGCAGAACCCACCUAGUGACCCAUCAUAUAGACACCGAGGACCAUCACCCCCUCAGACAGGUGGCCUAUCGGGUAUCCCCGGAGGUGAAAGCUGACAUUAAAAGAGAGAUAGAGGAAAUGCUGGAGCUUGGCGUAAUGCCCUUUGGCAUGAAAAAUGCACCUGCCACCUUCAAGAGGUUAGUUAAUCAUGCUGGAGCAUACCUUGACGAUAUUGCGGUGUUCAGUGACACCUGGGAUGAACGUCUGCUACCCUUGGCAAAGGUCCUGGAUCGAAUAUCCGCUGCCGAGUUGACUAUAAAACCGGACAGCUGGGCAUGGCGGAGUGAGAAAACUGAAGCAACCACUGGGGACAAAACAGCCUGUGGCCAUCAGAAUGCUGGAACUCCUCUGUUCAAUUCAGGAUCUUCUUCCACCCCAGCAGACCAGAGUAAAGCAAUCACUCGCCUUCACAUGCAGCUUCAUCUCCAUGACCUUCAGCACAAUGCCAGUGAGCUAAAGAACCAACUGCAACAGCUAAAAAAAUUGCAGCUGCAGAAUCAGGAGACUGUGCGGAACAUGCUGAAGCGCACAGAGACAGAGAUCAGUGUGCGGGUGACAGACACAAUACGCAGACAGGAAGACCCCUUACAGCGACAGAGAGCCAUGGUGGAGGAAGAAAGGUUGAAAUACCUGAAUGAAGAAGAGCUCAUCACUCAGCAGUUAAAUGAUCUAGAGAAAUCAGUGGAGAAGAUCAAGAAGGAUAUUGCGCACAACCACCGGCUGAUCUCCGUACAGGAGCUGGAGGAGAAAGCUGUGGUGCUGAAGCAACUUGGAGAGACUCUGACUGAUCUUAAAGCUCAGUUUCCCAGUCUGCAGAGUAAAAUGCGAGUUGUGCUUCGAGUAGAAGUGGAGGCUGUUAAGUUCUUGAAGGAGGAGCCCCUACGCUUGGAUGGACUUCUGAAGAGAUGCAAGACAGUUACUGACACGUUGGCUCAGAUUCGCAAGUAUGAUGGAUUACAUUUUUUUAAUUUUUAUACAAUUAUUAAUUAUAAGAUUGAUAAACAGCUUAUUAGAUGGAUGCCUCAAAGAUAUAUGUGCAUAUUUGUCCCCAUCUUUUGCCUUAGAUUAAAUGACAACUUUUUCUGUGCAGGCCCAAAAGUUCAGACCGUCAUCGACUUGGGCCCAUGUGUCUGCUUCCUAGAUGAAUCUUUUGCCAGUCAGUUAAGCCCAGCCCUUCGACUCAAACCCUUGCACUUCCUUUCUGAUUGA